AAAAGGGCCAGAGCGCUUCCGUAAGUGGGCUUCGGCGGACUCGCCUUCUUCUCGGGGUCCCACCCCUGGCUGUCUGCGCGCCUGUCUGCCUUCCUGUGCGCGAGUGCCUGACUUUCCGUGCCCGCGCCUCGACUCGCUCACGACUGGCAGGCGGAGAGCAGCGCGGAGUGUCCGGCGGACGGGCUCGUCGGGUUUGCUCCCAGUCAAGGGGUGCCUGAACAUGGCCAGCCCACCUACUGAGACCCCAGAGGGCUACACCGACUAUUACCUCGAUGACCUAGAAAGCUUUGUGGCCUGCGAGAAGGCCGACGUCCGAGCGUUUGCACAGACCUUCCUGCCCAUCUUUUACGGAGCCUUGUGUGUCUCGGCCUUUGCCGGUAACGGCCUUCUGGUGUUCGUUUGUGCGCGCCGGCCGAUGGCCUCCGCGGACCUUUACCUGCUGAACCUGGUCAUCUCGGACCUGCUCUUUGCGUCCACGCUGCCCUUCUGGGCCGCCUACGUCAGGCUCGACUGGAUGUUCGGGGACGGCGGCUGCAAAGCGCUGACCGCCAUGUACAACGUGAACUUCUACAGCAGCGUCUUCUUCAUCUCGUGCAUGGGCCUGGACCGAUACCUGGAGAUCUCCUACAGGGGCUUCCGUGGCGGCACCGGGGCUGUGGCCGUGUGUGCCGUGGUGUGGACCGUGUCGCUGCUGGCCUCCACGCCGGACUGGGCCUUCGCCAAACUCCAGGUCCAGAGCGGGCGGCGCAUCUGCCUGCACGAUUACGGGACGGAGCAGACGGCGCUCUGGAGAAUCCUCCUCCGGUCCCGCAUCAACGUGCUGGGCUUCGUGCUGCCGCUGCUCCUCAUGGUGGGCUUCUACUGCCGCCUCUACUGCCUGGUGGGCACGCGGGGGGCUCGAGCCUUCAGGCUGGUCCUUGCGCUGCUGCUCGCCUUCUUUCUGCUCUGGUGUCCCUACAAUGUCGUCCUGGUCCUGCUCACCCUGCAGGAUCUGCACGUCUUUCUGCACUGCGACACCAGCCGUCGCCUGGACUUCGCCCUGCAGCUGACGGAGAGCCUGGCAUUCGUGCACGUCUGCCUCAACCCGCUGCUCUACGCCGUCGUGACCAAGACGUUCCGCAGGAGCCUCGGCCACAUCGUCAAGUCCGUGCUGGGAAGACGGGACGAGCGCUCGCUGGAGGUGACCUGUGCCAGCCCGUCUACGCUGCACGACGAGGUGGCGCAGGAGCGCGAGGACACGGUGUGACGGACUUGAGGAGGAGGAGGAGCCCUAGCUAGUGAUGCCAACCCUGGAUGAAGAGCAAUGGGCUCCCUGGGCACCUCCCGCUUCUCUCCGUCUUUGCCAGUUUCCCACAAUCCUCAGCUGUCAGACUGGGUGAGGGGUGGGCCGGCUGAUUCCCUUUCUUCUGUUCCUCUUUUAGUUUGUAUGCACUGGCGGGGGGUGUGGGUGGUCUGCCAGUGGGACCCUGAGGAGGGCUGGUAUUUUGAGCUCGUCACAUCCUGCCCUCUGUUUUCUGUUUCUCCCUCUGCCCAUGGAAGGCUGUUUUUGGUGAAAUGAAGUGGCAUCCGAUGGGUAAAAUACACAAAACGUGGCACCGUUUUACGGAAUGUUGUGUCUGAAAUGAAACGCAAUGAGUCCCAACACAAACACUCAAAGCCCAGGUCCUCAUUAGGCUCUCAUUUAACCUGAGAAGCCCACCAGCCCGCCCAGAGGAGGUGCCCCACAAGUGGCAGGGUGGCAUCAGCCUACGCUGGGCAAUAACAUGCUUCUGUCUCAGAAUUCAAAUAACAAACUCUGUAAUGCAGCAGAUGGGAGAGGAUCACCGUUAACCCCUGGGGUGACAGAGCAAGGCCACAAGACAUCGUAGUACAACAACAGCACCAACUUCUAUUUCUGUCGUACAUUUUCAUACACACAGGAGCUCAACGUGCUUUACAUAAUGAAGAAUAGAAAAAUAAAAGACACAG